ACUGUUUCUCAUCCUGAUGUGGAGUUACUCCAAAGUUUACAGACUGACUGAGCUCCGUUCCAGUGACAUAUGUGAUGAUUUCGGCAGGACCUGGAGCGAAACAUUUGAAGGAAAACCAGCCUUGAGAGCUGAUAUUGAGCCAAAGAACUGUCUUCCAAUCGUAAACCUAAUUGAAAACUGACCUUAAACACUGCCAAGGAUCAAGCCUUUGUUGGUUAAUAUUCAACUCUGGAAGUUGUUGCUGGGCCUGAAGGGGAAUUUGGAAAUGAGACUUUAGAUUUCCAAAACAGCCAGACGCACGGACAUGGGCACCGGUACGAGUCGAGGGAAGAGAGUCGCACCUGCGUGUGUCAGCGAGGUGAACGUGACCAAAACGGGCUCUGGCGUCACUUCAUCCAAACAGGACAGCCACCCAUUCAAGCCGCUCAAAAUCCAUACGAUUUUACGCAGCGCGCGUAACCGUGCGCAACCGGACUGCCACAGCGCGGGGCACGACUCGAACUUUUCUGGAGAGGAGGAUGAUAUUGACGGAGAACUGGACACGGUUCUGGCCGAUUAUGAGGAGCGACAGAGGGACUCUGGGAAGAAAACUCCCGCGAAGAAGACUUUCAUCCGAUCCAAAACAUACGGACUGUGCCAUUUUAGCCAGGAGGACGCAGAGGAAGAGUUGUCGGGAAGAGUCGAGGAGCCACGUGUCUCUCACGGUGCGUCAAGAGAUGUAAACAAGAGGAGCAACUCUGCCUUCACACACGUUAAAAAACACACAUCUGGGUGCCCCACUCAGCACAGCUCCUCCUCACAGGGCUUCCUGACAAGAGGGCCUUUGUUGGAAGCUGUUUCCACAUCAGAAAAACAAUCGACUUUUGGCAGCUGCCAUAGCUCCUCUCUCACCAUGCCAGUCAUCCUGUACGAUGGAUCAGAAGAGGAGCUGAUGGACACCAUUGAGAGGGAAUUUAGCUGACCUCCAGCUGAGGAUAAUGCAGCAGCACUGUCCUCUGCAGCGGCCUUCAUAGGGUAAAGUUAGUAUACGACAUUUAUAAAGAGAACCAGGGUUGCUUUUGACAAAUUUCCUGGGAAGGAUUCGUGAUCUGUAUUUAUGCAGGGUGGAUAAAUUUAACACUGUUUGGUUUGAACUUAAACAGCUUCACUCCUGGCCCUUUGCGUUUACCCAAGUCUUAUUUAACAACGUGAAGCACUGUAAUUGCAGAGUUAUAGCACUGACUUGAACAGCUGCCAGGAGGUUCUGCUCAUGCUGGCCGGAGCCUGUUAACUGACAGAGGCCUCCUCCGUCUGUUUUCUGCAGCGGCAGCAGGGUGUCACUGUCAUCCCAUCAGUCCGGCCAGGCCUCCCACCGAGCCUGCACUGUUACCUAUUACUUACACUCUUUUAACCUGUCUGUUAAUAGGUAAAUGAGAGAACGCAGACAUUUUCUGGCUGAUUAAGUUCAGCAGUUUUGUAAAUUUCUGCAGCAGUUGCAUUCCUGUGGCCUACUGGGCAAAGCUGUAUGUAAAGAUAAACAGUUCAGUUUCAGAACACUAUAGCUUUUCAUAUGUGGCAACCCUGCAAAGGUAUGAGCAGGGAAUGUUUAUUUAAGGUUUCCUUCCUGACCACAGUUCCUGCACUUUCCCACCCUUUUAAGGGAGGAAUGUAGCACCACAGAGACUUUCAGUUGGACCCAGCUGUGUUACUGCGGACACAAUUCAGCUCCAUUUCAACAUAAAAGCCUGCUGCCACUUAGUGGUGGAGCACAGUAGAACACAAACUUGAACACUUAAGUGAACGAUGUACGUCAGCUGUAAACUGUUCUUGUCAUCAUCUGAGGAAAGAUGGUUUUUAAUCAGAAAUGGAGGAGAAUUUUUUUUUAAGUUUUGUAUUGCAAGUAAAAAUAUAUUCUGAAAGAAAACUG